AUGGCGCCCAAGAUUGACCCCAAUGAGGUGAAGAUCAUCUACCUCCGAGCCGUCGGUGGUGAGGUCGGUGCCUCUUCUGCGCUUGCUCCCAAGAUCGGUCCUCUUGGUCUGUCUCCCAAGAAGGUCGGAGAAGACAUUGCCAAAGCUUCGGGUGACUGGAAGGGUCUUCGAGUGACUGUCCAGCUCACCGUCCAAAACCGUCAGGCUGCCGUCUCUAUCGUCCCCGCUGCUAGCUCAUUGGUAAUCAAGGCGCUGAAGGAGCCCCCUCGUGACCGCAAGAAGGUAAAGAACAUCAAGCACGCUGGUAACAUCCCCUUCGACGAAAUCGUCGAGAUUGCCAGGAAGAUGAGGUACAAGUCUCUCGCCAAGGAGCUUGCUGGAACGGUGAAGGAGAUUCUCGGCACAGCGCAAUCUGUUGGCUGCACUGUCGACGGUCAACCUCCCCACGACAUCAUCGAUGGCAUCAACGAGGGAGAGAUCGAGGUCCCCGCCGAAUAG